AUGCAGCCUGUCAGGAAAGUGCAGUCAGCCACACAUUUCAAAAAGGUAAUUUAUACACAUGAUAUAGUAACUCUAUUGCAGUCGACUUUUAUACAGCACACUAAAGGUGUAUCUCUUUCUCUACAAUUGAGGAGAUUUAAGAUAGUUUGUUGUCUGAGGUGGUACUCUAGGUGCCAGGAUCAUCCCGUGCUAACAGUGAAUUGAUGGUGGAUUACCUUCUGACCCCGUGCUUGCCUGGGGACCCGGCUGCCAUAGAAUUGACCUGUAUGGAUGUGCCUAACGACAAGCUGCUGGAGCCCAUCGUUUGCAUG